AUGAAUGUUGUUGACUUUUCAAAACAAUCAGAAAAUAUAAAAGAUGAUCACGAGCAGCAUGAGCAUCAUGAGCAUGCUUUUAUAUUAGAUCUACAACCCCCAGACACGGAGCUAGAGAUUAAAGAGAAGGAGAAGCUCCUCAAAAAGUUGCAGGAAGACAUAGAGAAAGAAAGGAAUUUACAGUCUGAUUUGCAGCAUGAGUUGUGCAGGGUCAACAAGAGCCUCUGUGUAAUGGAUGAACAAAUAUCAGACUCCACAAGAGAAGCUUACAAGUGUGAGAAAGCGAUAGAAACUAACAUCACAAGAAUACAAUCAAUGCAACUGGAAAUAAAACAGAAAAAACAGUAUUAUGAAUCUCAGACAAAGCAGAGAUUGUUCUAUUCUGAGAGAAUGAGAGCACACAAAAGGAAAGUACUUGAGUUUGUGAAUAAACUGGCAGUGACACAAGAACUAAUGGAAGCAAGAACUACCUGGGAAGAAGCAAAGGACAAGUUUGGCGAUUCCAAGCUGAUAGCUAAUGAAAUUGAUUGUGUAGACCAGAGAUUAAAUGAAAUCAAUCAUAAAAUAACUGAAAAAGUUGACCAAAAGAAGCAAACAGAGAAAGGCAUUCAAGCAAUGAGAAACGAGAUCCAAGGUCUGACAGAAAACAAUAAUAAGCUGGUGAAUGAACUUGAGGUAUUGCGCAAGAGGCGACAGGCUCGUCUAGUAAGAGUGAGACACCAAGUCCAUGAGGGAAGACAAAGAAACAGACAAUUAGAACUAAGAGCAAAUGAAAUAAAGAAGCAAAUAGAGAAAGCAAAAACAAAACUUAGAAUGAGGCAAAACUGAAUGACAGUAAUACGGUACUUAGAAUAAAUGUAUAUAAAAAUGAUGUUUCUGUUUGAUCAAAAAUUGUGAGAGGUUA